AUGACUAAUGGUUUAUUUUGUGAGCGCGAGUACUGCGUGCGGGCAGAGGACAUAGGUGUGACGUCACACUCGCUGCUGCGACACCUGGCUGACCUGCUGCAGGUGUUCAACUCGAAGAGUGCUCAGCUGGUGCUGGGAGCUGAGGCCGUCUCCGACAAGACCGGCCUCAAGAAGAUCACCAGCACCAAUCUGGCACUCGUGAUGCGCGCGCUGCAGCUGCUGCUCUGGCUCGUGCCCCACAUACAAAUGCAUUUCCAAAGGUUAUUACCGGAAAGUACAAAGAUGAGUGCGCUGGAUCAGGUGACGUCACAGAUGAGGUCGCACGUGAGAGACGUGCAGACAAAGCUGCAUGCCAUUCUCGAGCCCAUCAUCACAACCGAAUUGAGGCUGUGGGAGGCCAAGCCUCCUGUUCCAUCCAAACCAUUUCAAGUCAUUUGCAGGCAGCUAAGAAAACUCUAUGAGGCAGUUUCAAAUGUUCUAGCUGAAGAGCAAGUUGCCGAAUUGUACAAAAAUAUAAAUAAAACAUUCAAGGAUGUGCUAAGAGAGCAACUAAUUAGAAUGAAUAUUGUAAAUAAUGGAGGACCCCAACACGGACUAGUCACUUCUGAGCUAAUAUUCUAUCUAGAAGACUUGAAAAGAAUAAAAGCAUUACCGGAAAAUGAACUAAGCCUUAAUUCCAUGGAUGAUAUUUGGACAAAGCAGCUGGCUAUAAGAUAGUGACUCUUAAGCAACGAUGAGUUUUACUGUUAACUUGGAGUUUACUGGAGAGAGUUACAGUAAGAACAGUAUGGAUAUGGUGAUUCAUGAGUGAACGACGAUUGCCAUCAAUGAACCAAUUUGCGGGAGAAUGAAAAUGGUAUUGAGAAAUUGUCGGUUAUCGUAUUUUCAACUAGGAGGAUGAAGUUUUCUAUAAGUGAUCAUUCUCAAUUAGUAGAAAUAUGUGUGUGAUUCAACAUCAUCUCCGUUGAAUGUUAUGCAGUGUUUUAGAUUAAGUGAAAUCAGACUACCGCUGUUCUUCAAAGAAAUAUUACUGAAUAGAGAUAUUUUCAUUAUAUUUGGUACGUAUAUUUCAGGCGGUAUUAUUGAAGUAUAUUGGAGGAGUGACCAUCACCCACUACACAGGAUCGCUCAUUCUAAUUUUGAAUCUGUUUUGAAGUAGUUUAUAUCAAUUCAAACUAUGAGUUGAAAUCAUAUUUAAGAAUUGCUUGGUGAGUUAGUGAAUUGAAACAGCUAGACCAAAUUCGAUAUCAAGUCUAUAAAUUUGGAAGGUUUUUAUCAAAAUUUGCUAUUGAAUAUCAAUUUCUUUAAACGCCAAUUCAAAAUACUGGAUGAAUAAUUGAAUUUUGUUAGAUUAGUAUUUUGGCGUAAUGAAUCCAUUGAAUUCGAAGUAAAGAACUGGUUCUCCAUUGAACUUGUUGAAUAUGAAGUAAAGAACUUUCUAGUUCUUUUAAGAACCCACCUGAACUAUAGAUUCGUCAUGAUUCUAUAACGUGGCUUGAUUAGCAAGUUUUAACUCAGUAAAGGUUCUACUCCAGCAAGAGGAGCAAAACGUAUUUAAUCAUUUUCUGAAAAUAUUCUCCACAUCAAUUGAGUUCUGCAAGAGUAUUUUCAAUAUGUGGUUCAUGUAAUAAACUGAAAGAGACGGAGAAUAGGAGAACGAAUUAAAAUUCAUAAGCGUAAUCAAAAAGCUUCCUAUAACUUAAUUGGAUUGUGAUGAAUGAGAGGGAAUAGGUUCUUAAAAGACUUUUCAAUGGUGAUUGCAUAGAGUAUUCAAUUAUAGCUGUAUGUCGGAAAUUGCUUAAGGCUGUGAUUUGUUAUAUAUUUUUAUCUAUGUCGCUGUAUUUGUUGUCAUUUAAUUACCUACGAUAAUAACUAUGAAUUAUUGUCUAGUCGGAUUAUUUAUUUGGAAAUCUUGAGUGUAGCUUCUUGAAUAUUUCUUUUCACACUCCAAAAAUCGAAUUCAAAUUUCACAAAAAUGUGUAUUAUUUUUACGAAUUACAAUGAUCUAUUGUAUUCA